GUCUGACUUUGCAUUUUACUCUUAACCAAAUUAUAUCAAACACCAUGCCGUAUCUUAAACUUCGAGACGGAGCCGAGCUUUUCUACAAGGACUGGGGCAAUCCAGAUGGGAAGAUCGUCACCUUUUCCCAUGGCUGGCCACUCAGCAGCGACAAUUGGGAGAACCAGAUGUUCUUCCUGGCCGAGCAUGGCUACCGCGUCAUUGCGCACGACCGACGGGGUCAUGGACGAUCUACCCAGACCUGGAACGGCAACAACAUGGAUACAUUUGUGGAUGACCUGCGGGAGCUUUUCGACCAUCUCAACAUUAAAGAUGCAAUGAUGGUCGGGCAUUCUCAUGGCGGAGGAGAAGUGACCCAUUUUCUCGGCAAGCAUGGUACCAGCCGCGUCAAGAAAGCUGUGAUUGUCGGGGCUGUGCCACCGCUGAUGGUCAAGUCCGCGGCAAACCCCGAGGGAACAGACAAAUCGGUCUUCGACUCCUUUCGAGAAGCAAUGCGUAAAGACCGAGCACAAUUCUUUUUGGACGUUCCUAGUGGACCAUUCUUCAAUUUCAACCGGGACGGGGUCCAGAAAAGCGAGGGACAGAUUCGGAGCUGGUGGCAGCAAGGCAUGAAUACAAGCUUUAAGACGGCGUACGAUGCAAUCAAGGACUUUUCAGAGACAGACUUCACGGAGGAUCUUAAAAAGAUUGACAUCCCAGUCUUGGUUCUCCACGGCGACGAUGACCAAGUAGUCCCCAUUGAGGCGUCCGGAUACAAAUCCGUGAAGCUUUUACAACACGGAAAGCUGAAGGUCUACCCAGGAGGGUCUCACGCCAUCCACAACAUUAACGUUGACGAGGUUAACAAGGAUCUCCUCGACUUCCUUCAAUCCUAAAAGAAAGAAUCGUACCUGGCGUUCUUGUGUUGCGAAAUCUGGCAAGGCUUCACUCACUUGUACUGAAUGGUGUGGACAGUUAUUUAAUAGACCUUGGACGCAAUACCGCAAAAUGACCUGCAAAGUUUCAUUAUUGUCUAUGUCUCCUUAAUUCUAGCAGUUCACUGUGGAAAUAUUUAAUUCUAAUAAUGCUCACAAGCUAACAAAUGUCAUUUGAAUAUG